CACCCGUCAGUCGUAAUCGCGCACGGCAUGGUCGCGGUCGUACGGUGUUUGUCCCGCGUCGUCGGUUCGCGCGACGUCUCGUCCGGUAGUUCCGCGGUCUCUCGUCGUUAUUUCACUAAUAUCGGUUACGCAUUUUAAUAUUAAUAAUUCGCGAUUGUUUUUUUCGAGCGUUAUCAUUCGGUAAUAUUAACGUGAUACACUGCCAAACGGCUAAUGAUAACGACUACAAUAUAAUAUAAUAUUGUUGUUAACUAUUUCGACGAGACUCGCGAGUGCGAUUUUCGUGUGACGAUGUUUCACAGCAGGUGGACAACGUCAAUGCUGCUGCUGGUGACGGCCGUUUUCCUGUCGUCUGACAGUCAAUUAUGGACUCCGGUUACUGGGUCCAACACGUUCAUAGACGAAAACACCAAUUUAGCCGAAGACUUUUUUCCGGACGAAGGAGAACCGGCACCGAACAUCGAAGAAUACAGUAGCAUUUCCAAUUACGACGACUAUGACACGGAGACGAAUUCGUCCACUGCUUACGAAACUGACAACACUGAUGUACUUUUACCGAAAGGGAACAAAUCGAGUGUCAUGCAUUUCGUUCGGCAAUUGAAUAACAUCACAAGAGACUCGGGCAAAUCGGUUAAGCUCAAUUGCGAAGUGACCGGUGAGCCACCCCCGCUGAGGAUCCAAUGGUACAUGAACGAGGUGCCGGUCGGUGGAUCAGACGGUGUUGGAGGUGGUGGUGGUGUUGACGGCGGAAAUGGUGAGAAAAAAUCCAAGCCCCGACUGACAGUCAAGCGGUUUCAGUCUAGGCACAAAAACGGACUCGGAUCUCGAUUACGGAUCAACAAACUGGAGGUGCAUGACAAAGGAUUUUUCACGUGCGAAGCCACAAACGGAAUUGAAAAAAUACAGUCUACCGCAAUACUCAUUGUCAACGUCAACCGUUUCAGCCACGAUGAAUCCAGUAUCGACAUACCUCAUUUCGGAUUUUCAAACCAGUAUCCGGUAGUAGAAGGGGAAACCAAAAUCAACUCCCAUAUUGGAAUUAAUGAACAACAAAGCCCACUUGAUACUAUUCCAGAGCUCAGUCAAGUUUUGAAUUACCCAAUAUGUCAAAUGUACCAAGGUUCACAUUGUUCAAAAUAUCUACAAGGUCAAAAUGUGUAUAUACCCGCCAAUUCUUCACAGGCUCUUAUUGAAGGAAACCUAAGUUCUGCUUUUAAAGUAAUUACAAGAUCUACUGAUAUGACACCUGGUUGUGCAAAAUAUGCUCUCCCUUCUAUUUGUCAUACUGCUUAUCCGUUAUGUAGAAAGGAUAGAACUAUACCUAAGCCGUUGCUUGUGUGUCAAGAGGACUGUGAACUAUUGGAAAAUGACAUUUGUAGUCAAGAGCAUGCAAUUGCCAAAAAACAUCAUUUACUUGGACGUUUUGUCAAUUUACCUAAUUGUUCUUCUUUACCAAAAACUGAUUGUUUUGAACUUGGUAUUGAGAAACCAGAAGUCAAUGAAGAUGAAAAGUGUUAUUGGGGAUUAGGAGUUUCAUAUCGGGGAACAACAUCAUCAAAUCAAAAUCUAUCAUGUGUACGUUGGAGUCAGCAAUUAAUUGUAAAAACGUCUGAUUAUAAGGAACUACAAGGAGGUCAUCGUUUCUGUCGCAAUCCAGGAUCUGAAGAAAAUGAACCUUGGUGUGUUGUUGAAAUGCCAGACACAGGGCAAAUGAAAAAAAUGAUUUGUGAUGUUCCACAUUGCAUGAGAACUCUACAAUUACCAAUUUUCAUUGUAAGCACAGUCAGUAUUUCUUUAUUUGUCGUAUUGGUAGUAAUGGUAAUUUGUUGUAUUCGAAGAAAAAGCAAGCGACAGAAUUCAGCAAUACGUCGUAGACUGCCGCCAUAUACUAAUCAAAAACAAGACAUUGUAAAAGGUAAAACUAAUGGCUUAGAAUUAUCAUCUUUAAUACCAGGCUCAAGUGCAUCAAGUCAAAAAUCAGAUAAAUACUGUAAAGUUAGACAAUAUGCAUUGGGUGAAAUAACAUUCUUACAAGAAAUUGGAGAAGGUGCUUUUGGCAAAGUUUUCAAAGGCCAAGUGCCUAAUGAUAUGGGUACCAUAAUUAUGGUGGCUAUCAAGACAUUGAAAGAAGGUGCAAGCGCUAAGACAGCUGCAGACUUUAAACGUGAAACUGAUUUAAUGGGAGAAUUAAGACAUCCAAAUGUGGUUUGCUUGGUAGGCAUGUGUGCACGUCCAGCAUGUUUAUUGUUCGAAUACAUGGUUGGUGGUGACUUACAUGAAUUCCUAAUGGCGCGCUCUCCACAUUCACCAAAUUCACCAAUAGCACCACCACUUAACCAAGCAGACUUUAUGUAUAUUGCUACCCAGAUAGCUUCAGGUAUGGAAUAUUUAUGCAGCCAUCAUUAUGUGCACAGAGAUUUAGCUGCUAGAAAUUGUUUAGUCGCUGAAAAUCUGACAGUAAAAAUAUCAGAUUUUGGACUUUCAAGAGAUAUAUACUCAUCUGAUUAUUACAGAGUACAAUCAAAAUCUUUAUUACCUGUGAGAUGGAUGCCACCUGAAUCUAUUCUGUAUGGUAAAUUUACAACCGAAUCUGAUGUUUGGAGUUUUGGUGUUGUAUUAUGGGAAGUUUACAGCUAUGGCUUACAACCAUAUUAUGGAUAUAGCAAUCAGGAAGUAAUUGAAAUGAUUCGCUCGCGUCAACUACUUCCGUGCCCUCAAGAAUGUCCAUCAAGAAUGUAUUCACUAAUGAUGGAGUGUUGGCACGAGGCACCUGUCCGGCGACCAAAUUUCACAGAAAUUCACUCUCGGCUCAGACAGUGGGCAGCCAUGUCUGUAUCGUCAGCACCCACCAUGACAUACUCUAUGGUGCGCCCUGGAAGUCAAUCUGAUCGCACAGGUUCGUCAAAUGUGUCAUCCAAUUGUAGGCCAGUCAACAUAUAAGUCACUAAAAUCUAUUUUCAUGUAUAGAAAUCCUUUUUUGUAAUCAUCAAAUGCUUAUAACUAGUUAACUAUCAUCUUAAGUGCAAUUCUCUCAUUAAUCACUUCAGCCAGUGGCGUGUAGAACUUUUUCUUCAUGUGGGGUAAAAUUAUUUUCCUACCCAUCCCGUCAUAAAGUAUACACUUUAUUAAGAUUUUAGGGACUUCAUUAAUACUAACCUAAUACUCAUAAAGUCAAUAACUCAUACAAUAUGAUAGACAUUCCCAUUAGUGACAUUCCUACAACGAUACAUUUUUUUUUAAUAAAAAUGUUAAUCAUGAAUUAGAAUGAUGUACAAGUGAAACUUUCAUAUAACGAACUUCCAUUUAACAAAAUUUUGUUUCACACUCAUCAGAUAAAAUAUUUUAUCUAAAGAUGGUAUAAAUUUGGCUUGUAUUAUAAUUUAUAAAUAAUAUUGUUUUCUUUUUUUCUUAUCAAAAUUUCACUUAAUUUAAAUGUGAUUGAUGUUAGAGAAUUGCGCUUUAUACAUUUGCUUUAUGAGUUGCACUUAACCAUUAACAUUUUUUGUAAAAAUUCAAUUUAUUUUUAAAAUUUAUAAGUUUAUAAAAAAUUAACUACUAUGCAUUUUAAAGAUUGUUAACAACAAUCAAACAUUAACAUCAUCAUUUAUCAUUCUAAGAGCACUAUUCAUAACACUGUUUGUGGAAAUGUAAACGACAAACGUACUUCAUCAAUAGCUCAAACUUCAAAUACCAAUGUAAUAAUGUGACAAAAUAUGAUUGCUUUAAACUACUUAUAAGACAUUGAAUUACAAAAUAUCGAAAGUCCACUGUAUUAACUAUGGCACUCGCUUACAUUACAGGUGUUGCUCGUGUUCAAUAUUAAAACAAUAUUAUUCGAUCAUAUUCUUCUGUCACACAUCACACAAGAAUUCAUAAUUAACCGUCUUCCACGUGCCAAGUUUUAUUCGUGCCAUACGUUUUACGUUUGUUCAAACUAAAUUUCAUUGUGCGUACUCCAUCUGUCGUGUUCAAAUCCAUACAUGUGUGGGAAUAACGUUAUGCUUUUAAGUCACGAGUGAGAACACCAGCGAAUGAAUUCUUUAAAAAAAUAAACCAUAAUACGGUCGUUUCGGUUGUGUUAAUUUUGUUAGAGUUGUGACGUCGUUCGAGACAGUAGUUUGUCUCGUACUUAUAAUUAACCUACUACUUUAAUUAUUAUUACUUGUCGGGUGUACAUAUUGAUGUGUUUUUUUUUUUUUUUUU